AUGGAGAUGGUGAGCCACGACAAGAAGCAUGAUCCCAAGGACCUCAACGUCCGCCCCAUCUUUCACCACAACAAGUCUACAAAAGAAACACUCGACAGACACUGCUGCUACCUUGAUGGUGCCACGAAACUUGUCAACGAACACCAGUUGCCAUGUUCGAACUCCUACUUCUCUACUAAUGCACCACACAAUACACUUGUGGCUUGCAACGAGGGCAGGAUCAAAAAUGAGGAGAUCUGCGAAAAUGUCCCUAAUCCAGUCAAGAUCUGGGCCGAGUCAGAGUUAAAGAAGCAAAAGGAGAUACCACCAGUUCCGUCGCCGUAA